UAAGGCACCUUUCUUCCUCUCGUUUUAUUCCUUCUCCCUUUACCUGAAGGCGGGAGGGGGGGGAGGGGGGGUGCUCGAAAAGGAAUACCAAGACCAGGAAGGAGGUGACAUGCCCUUUACCGCUUGGUGCAGUCAGUGCGCGGAUCGCUGUCAGACGCGGACGAGGUAAAGGAGCCGGAAUGGUGCAUUUAAAUAGUUCUUCUUAACGCGGAGGAAGCCUGUCCCGGUUUCCAAUCAGUUUUUGGAUUAUUUCCCGUGGGGUACUAACGACAUUACAUGCCCGAUCGCGGAGCCAGAGCGACGGGGGGAAUGCAGAAGAGCGGGUGUUUGGCUGCAGGUGGAUGGCCAACCUGACGGUCCCAUCCGCCGCGUCGCUCCCGCUCAUCCAGAGCUGUUUGGACAAACUGAAAGCAGAGAAAACCAGGUCAAGACACACACACAAAACCCGAGCCAUGCUUCCAGGGGUCGGCGUGUUCGGCACCAGCCUGACCACCAGGGUGAUCAUCCCGCUGCUGAAGAACGAGGGCUUCGCCGUCAAAGCGCUGUGGGGCCGCACGCAGGAGGAGGCGGAGGAGCUGGCCAAGGAGAUGAACGUUCCGUUUUACACCAACCGGAUCGACGACGUGCUGCUGCAUCAGGAUGUGGAUCUGGUUUGCAUCAACCUGCCACCGCCUCUGACGCGGCAGAUCGCAGUCAAAACGCUGGGUAUUGGAAAGAACGUCAUCUGCGACCGGACUGCAACGCCUUUGGAUGCCUUCCGAAUGAUGUCAGCGGCCCAAUACUACCCUAAGUUGCUGAGCAUUAUGGGGAAUGUGUUACGUUUCUUGCCUGCCUUUGUGCGAAUGAAGGAGCUGGUAGAGGAGGGCUACAUUGGUGAGCUUCUGGUCUGUGAGGCCCAGGUCCAUAGCGGUAGUCUGUUGGGGAAAAAAUACAACUGGAGCUGCGAUGACCUGAUGGGAGGCGGGGGUCUGCAUUCGGUGGGCAGUUACAUCAUCGACUUGCUCACGUUUCUGACCGGUCAGCGUGCAUUAAAAGUGCAUGGCUUCCUCAAGACCUUUGUCAAACAAACGGAUCACAUUCGGGGCAUCCGUCAGAUCACCAGCGAUGACUUCUGCACGUUCCAGAUGGCACUGGAGGGUGGCGCCUGCUGCACCGUCACCCUCAACUUCAACGUUCCCGGGGAGUUUCGGCAGGAGGUGAUCGUCGUGGGGACCGUCGGGAGGUUAACGGUCACAGGGACCGACCUGUACGGACAGAAGAACAACGGGAGUGGAGGAAGCAGCAGAGGACCUGAACUCCUGCUCAAAGACACCACACCUCUUGAGAAGAGCUCCUUACCGGAGAAGGCUUUCAGUGACAUUCCAUCCCCGUAUCUCACAGGAACGAUCCGCAUGAUCCAGGCUGUGCGGCAGGCCUUUCAGGACCAGGACGACAGGCGGACAUGGGACGGGAGGCCUCUGACAAUGGCCGCUACCUUUGAGGACUGUCUCUACGCUCUUUGCGUGGUGGAUACCAUCAAGAAAUCUAACCAGAGCGGAGAGUGGCAGAACAUUGAGGUGAUGACUGAGGAACCUGAGAUCAGCCCAGCCUAUUUGAUCAGCGAGGCCAUGCGGCGGAGUAGGAUGUCACUCUACUGUUAGCAUCAGCUGAAGUGCUGACCCCUUAAAAAAUGGCUUUACUGGAGGUGGCACUGGAAAAGGCCUGGGUGUUGUCGAACCAUUAUUCAUACAGCUUCCGGGUUCAGCUCUUUAAUUCAAUACCUGUUUAUUUAAAUACUGUCAAAUUAUGUUGCUACUGUUACAGAAAGAGAGGCUACGCUACUAUGAUACAGAGAGUGAUAGUUUCCUGAAACCCUGCCUCAGGAGUAGAGAAAAAGCAAUGUGACCAAUAAUCAAACCUUUAUUUAUAAUGAAGCCUUUUCUGUUUUUAUCCUUUUGACACAAGACUUGAGUCCUUCUGGGGAGAUGCACUUGUAACUCAAACCGAUUCAUACAACAGAAAGGUGUAGUUCUACAGUGGAGGCAGAUCAGGGAGUAAAAACUAAUGCUACUGUGUUUGGCUUGACCAUAAGGAUAUUACGCCUCUCAUCUCUGCUUCUGCUUCUCUUCUAUUUGACUGGGUCUGGAAGACAACACCUCACACUGUGGGUCCAAACGAGGACAGCCAAGGAAGAACGAUAGUCCUCUCGGUUGAAACGGUGCCGCUGUGUUGUUGCUGUAGUCCGAAGUACUCGCUAGUUUUACCAAGUGAAUGUUAAAAACAAAUCAGUAUGCUUGAUAGCUUCAGUCUCUGUCUGCUCUGUAUGCUAACUUUAUGUGUGUGAGAAACAAGAGAGAAAAGAAAUCAAUAGUUUGGCUGGUGGGUUUUUAGAAGGAUUUACCUUCUGGUUUAUGUAUGCAAUAUAUCCAGGCUUUAGUCUGCAGCGGGAACCCUUUAAUCUUCCAGCUUGGAGUUGAGGGUUAAAAUACACUAUGGUAUGCCUUUAUGCAAUUACAGUAGCCUGUGUAUUGGUUUGCGAGUUCUGUAUAAGGGGCCAGUGCAGUGAUACUUUGUAGUGUCCGUUUCAAAAUGGGCCGAUUGCUUGGCCCCCCCGAAGCCCUGCUUGAAGCUAUCUCAAAAAACUACUCAUCCGAUCACCUUCACACUUGACACUGCCCUUCCUUGGAUCCUCAGCAAUACACCUGACAAGUGUUAAGUUGAUUGGAUGGACAGUUUUUGAAAUAAAUGGGCAGUCAUGUAGGGCUGGGCAAUAUGGAGAAAAACAAAUAUCACGAUAUUUUUGACCAAAUACCUCGAUAUCGAUAACGCAACGAUAUUGUAGUGUUGACUAUUGGUGCUUUUAACACAAUAUUUACACAAUGAGAUUUUAUAAAUAAUCAUCAGCAAUGUGGGUAUAAUGACUCAGUGGGUAAAGG